AUGGAGGAUCUUUUACAAAAUCGCAAAAGGCCUCCGAUGAAUCAGGUAACUUUUGUCACCUAUCUGACUCUUUCUUCAUUUUGAUUGUUAUCAAGAUUUUAGGUACAAUUUGACGAGAAAUAUGUUUAUAAUCGCAAGACGAAAUCAGCCAACAAAAACAAGUUUCAGUUGAAACAUUUUAGUCGGUAAGAGUAACCUAAUGAGAUUACCAUUAUGCUGUAUUCACAGGUUUUAUUCUCCAUUUCUGAAUAUUCGAGAAUUUCUUCUUGGAACUUUUCCAAUUUUCACAUGGGUUAAAGAUUAUAAUUGGGGACACGAUUUGAGUUUGGAUGUUAUUGGUGGUUUGACUGUCGGAAUUAUGCAUGUCCCACAAGGUACAUAAGUGUAAUUUUUAGUUACAGUUUUGAUCAAUCAAGUUUCUAGGUAUUGCUUAUGCUAUUCUCGCAAAUCAAGAGCCGAUUGUUGGAUUAUACACAUCUAUAAUCCCUGCAUUUUUAUACAUGAUUUUUGGAACAUCGAAACAUGCCAGUAUUGGUUCUUUUGCUGUUUUAUCUUUAAUGACUGGAAUUUGUGUUGAAAGAGAAAUCGAAUUGGAAGACAAACCAACACCGAUUGAAAUAUCUUGUGCUGUUGUUUUUACAAUUGGUGUCAUUCAAUUUCUGAUGGGUAUUUUGAACUUGCAAUUUUUGAUGACUUAUAUGUCAGAUCAAGUUGUUGCUGGAUUCACAACUGGUGCUUCGAUACAUGUCUUGGUUUCACAGUUUAAAGAUUUAUUUGGGUUGUUACAUUUGCCAAAAAAUUCGGGGCCUGGAUAUAUUGUGAAGGUUUGUGAUUUUCUGAUUCCGAUUAUUGUCUCGUAAGUAUUUGAAGGUUAGAAAAAUGUUUGUCCAACCAAAAAUAAACUUUAGAUGUUAUCUUUUCUUCGCGAUUUCUUUCAUCAUUUUUUGUGUUUCAGAAUGUUUUUGGAAUUGUUACAAAUGUUCAUCAUUCAAAUUGGAUGUGUGUUGCAAUCGGCUUCACCUCAAUUUUCAUACUUCAUAUUGGAAAAGAAUAUAUCACCCCAAUUUUCAAAAAACGCGCUCAACUCAACAUUCCAAUUCCUUGGGAAUUAGUAGUUGUUAUAAUUUCAACGAUUUUCGGCGCUGUUAUCGAUGCAAAAUCGAGCUAUGGAGUUAGAAUCGUUGAUAAAAUCCCAACAGGUUUACCAUCUUUCAAUAUUCCACGAUUUGAUUUAAUUCCACGAAUUUAUCAAGAUGCAAUAAGUAUUGCUGUUGUUAUUGUGGCAGUCCAUCUUUCCCUUUCAAAAAUGCUAGCAAAACGAAAGAAUUAUGAAAUCGAUGCUGGACAAGAAUUCCUUGCUCUUUCAAUUUCCUCAAUCGGUAGCAGUUUUUUCCCAGUUUAUCCAGUUUCAUGUGCUUUGGGAAGAACAAUGGUUGGUGUUGAAUCUGGUAUUGUUUCUCAAAUGGCUACAGUAUUCUCUUGUUUAUUUGUUGCAUCAGUCACUUUAUUUUUCGGACGGUUUUUGGAAACAUUGCCAAUGACCGUUUUAUCCGCAAUUAUAAUUGUGGCAUUGAAAGGAAUGUUGAGAAAAUUGGGAGAUCUACAAGGGUUAUGGAGAGUUUCCAAGAUUGAUUUUGUGAGUUUUUGAAGCGAAACAAGAAUAGGGUGAUUAUAUGAAUGAAGAAUAUUUCAGUCAAUUUGGUUGGUCGCAUUUCUGGCUACUGUAAUUGUUGAUGUUUCUGAAGGUCUACUGAUUGCUGUGGUGUAUGCUCUAUUCACUACAAUUUUGAGAGAACAAUAGUGAGUUCUGAUUUUUUCGAUUUGUACUGAAGUUGGAUUGAGAUCUAGUGUUUCACAAAGUUCUCAAACCUAUAGUACACACGUUAUUUUGCAGCCCAAAAUGGCACAUUCUUGCAAAUGUUGGUGAUUCAUCCGAGUUCUUGGACAACAAAAGAUAUCAAGAAACAGUAUAUUUCAAAGGAAUCUGCCUUUUCCGAUUUGAUGCUCCUCUUCUUUUUCACAAUGUUGAAUGUUUCAAAAGAUGUGCAGAAAAAGCCUAUGAAAAAUGGAGAAAAUCCCACGAAUUCUAUGUGAUCGAUGUUGAGAAAAGCGAAUCAAAUGAGAUGAUGUUAUUAGAAGUUGGGGUAAUUUACCAGUUUCUUAUCAAUUUCAAAUUAAAUUAAACGUGGAAUUUUUUGAAUUGCAAAAAAAUCACCUGUUUUUUUUAUUUUGGUAUUUUUUUAUGAUGACUUGAUCGAGUUUGAAAUUGAUAAAAAUCAAAGAACAAAUUCAAAAACAAUUUUUGAUUAAAAUAUCUUUUCAGAAACCAACAUUAACUCGUCACUUCAUAAUUGAUUGUUCUGGUUUCACAUCCAUCGAUUUAAUGGGUGUAAAUGCGCUCAAAGAAAUUUUCUCGGAUAUGAGAAAAAAUGGAAUAUUGGUAUAUUUUGCAAAUACAAAAGCGCCGAUUCGGGAUUUGUUUGAUAAAUCCGAUUUUUAUCAAGUUGUUGGAAAAGAAAAUUUAUAUCCAAGUUUGGAAGAUGCCACAACAAUUGCAAGAAAUCGUCAAAAGUUGUGAGUUUUUUCUCUGCUUUUUUUAAAUGGUAGUUUUUUUCAGACUUGGUUUCACCUCAACUUCCUAUAUUCCACAAUCAUCACAAGAAGAUGAUCUACCGGAAAUUGUUAUUCCUAAUAAUUGA